GGCCCCGGGCUGUGCUGCUGGGUGUCCGUGUUCUCCUGCCUCAGCCUCGCCUGCUCCUACGUGGGCAGCCUCUACGUCUGGAAGAGCGAGCUGCCCAGGGACCACCCUGCCGUCAUCAAGCGGCGCUUCACCAGUGUCCUGGUGGUGUCCAGUCUCUCGCCCCUCUGCGUGCUGCUCUGGAGGGAACUGACAGGCAUCCAGCCAGGCACAUCCCUGCUCACCCUGAUGGGCUUCAGGCUGGAGGGCAUUUUCGCAGCGGCACUGCUGCCCCUGCUGCUGACCAUGAUCCUUUUCCUGGGCCCACUCAUGCAACUCUCUAUGGAUUGCCCCUGUGACCUGGCAGAUGGGCUGAAGGUUGUUCUGGCCCCCCGCUCCUGGGCCCGCUGCCUCACAGACAUGCGUUGGCUGCGGAACCAAGUGAUUGCGCCCCUGACGGAGGAGCUGGUGUUCCGGGCCUGUAUGCUGCCCAUGUUAGCACCAUGCACGGGCCUGGGCCCUGCUGUGUUCACCUGCCCACUCUUCUUUGGAGUUGCCCAUUUUCACCACAUUAUUGAGCAGCUUCGUUUCCGCCAGAGCAGUGUGGGGAGCAUCUUUUUGUCUGCAGGUGUGGUCACUCGAGGCCUCCCCGUCUCCAGCGUUCCAGUUCUCCUACACAGCUGUCUUCGGUGCCUACACUGCUUUCCUCUUCAUCCGCACAGGACACCUGAUCGGGCCCGUUCUCUGCCAUUCUUUCUGCAACUACAUGGGCUUCCCUGCCGUGUGUGCAGCCCUGGAGCACCCUCAGAGGCGGCCUUUGCUGGCAGGCUAUGCUGUUGGUGUGGGACUCUUCCUGCUUCUGCUCCAGCCCCUCACGGACCCCAAGCUCUACGGCAGCCUUCCCCUUUGUGUGCUUUUGGAGCGGGCAGGGGACUCAGAGGCCCACCUGUGCUCCUGACCUAUGCUCCUGCAUACACUAUUACGAACUCUCACGGGCUCCCCAGCCCCUUCCUAUCAAGCGGUACUGCAGAGGAGGGGCUGGCUGGGUUCUCCGAGAUCUCAGGAAUUUUUGUAGGGGAUUGAAGCCAGAGCUAGUUGAAUCCCAGGGACCAAGAGAAAGGAGCAGAUAUCCAAAAGGUGCAGCCCCUCUCAAAGGGGGGUUGAGCAGCAGCUGGGAGUGAGGGGACAAGGGGCAAGUCCCAGGAGCUGUGCACUUCUUUCCUCACUUUGGACUGCUGCUUCUCUGAGCUCCUCUGCCCCCUCUGUCUCUGAAAAGCUGCUUGGGGGGUUUUUAUUUAUAAAACCCUUCACCUGCACCCCCACCCCCACCCCCACCCCCAACUUCCCAGGGCCCCAGGGUUUUCUCAUUGUCUUUUUGCAUCAGGACUUUGUAUUGGGAUAUUAAAGAGAUUUAACUUGGGUAAAA